AUGGCGAAAAGAUGGUGGAUGGCUGACAUCCUUCCCAAGGAAGCUUACGAACAAUCGAAACGACUUCGCUCCGGCACGACUUCUCUUUCGAUCCGAGGAGAAAUGGGGAAAGACCAUUCCCAACCUUGGAGGAAAUUUCGCGUCGUUACGGCUGCGAUACAAAACAGCAGAGUGGAGCGGGAGCAGGGCCCGGUCCCCCUCGGCGGGGAUCCUCCCGCCCUUCGCAGGCGCGGGGUCGAGAAGUACCGGCUGCUGACUCUGACGGGCGACGGGACGUCGUCCGAGGAGAAGAAGGUGCGGGUCCUCUGCUGGGUCAUGACCCAGCCGGACAACCACGAGAAGAAGGCCAGGCACGUGAGGGACACCUGGGGGAAGCGAUGCGACGUCCUCCUCUUCAUGAGCUCCCAGGAUGGUCCGAACGUCUUCAUCGAUGACUAUGCAGAUCCAUCCUUGCCCACCGUGGCAUUGAAGGUGGAGGAAGGCCGGCAGCAUCUGUCGAAGAAGUCCCACGAGGCGUUCCGCUAUAUCUACGAGCAUCACCUGGACGACGCGGACUGGUUCCUCAAGGCGGACGAUGACACCUACGUCGUCAUGGAGAACCUCCGCUUCAUGCUCCACGAUCGCGAUCCUCAGGAGGCUGUCUUCUUCGGCAGUCACUUCAAGUAUUUCAUGAGCGGGGGAGCGGGAUACGUGCUGAGUCGAGAGGCAGUGAAGAAAUUCGUGGAGCAGGCCCUGCCCAAUCCCGAGUUGUGUCGGCUUGGCAAUGCCGAGGAUGUGUCCAUGUGGCACUGCCUGCACGCAGUGGGAGUGAAAGCGGCCGACGCCCGGGACGAGUUGGGUCGCUGGCGGUUCCUGCCCUUCACCCCAGAGCAUCACCUCACCCCCGGCUUCUCCGCCGGCAAGCACGAAUGGCUGUGGAGGGACUCGCUCUACCCGUACAGGGAAGGGCCCGAGUGCUGCUCGGACACGGCCAUCUCCUUCCAUUACAUCUCGCCCACCAACAUGCACGCUCUCGAGUAUCUCAUCUACCGCCUGCGUCCCUAUGGGGCAGAGUGCGAUCGUCCUGGGAAUUCGGUCGGNGAGUGCUGCUCGGACACGGCCAUCUCCUUCCAUUACAUCUCGCCCACCAACAUGCACGCUCUCGAGUAUCUCAUCUACCGCCUGCGUCCCUAUGGGGCAGAGUGCGAUCGUCCUGGGAAUUCGGUCGACACGGGCGGGUUCAAGCCGAUGCCUUGA